UGGUAGUGUCUCAGUGACGCCCCUGUUACAAAGCAAAUUCGGUGGAAUAAAAAGAGGAAACAAGACGAGUGUGUUAGGUUUCUUGACUUCAGGCGCCCCUUUAGCCUGGGUAUCUGCGAAGGUGAUUGUCCUAACCAGAGACUACUAGCAGUGCUGCAAUGCCCAGCUACAUAGUGACCAUUGCUACUGGGACCCAGUGGUUUGCAGGUACCGAUGACUACAUUUAUCUAACUCUUGCGGGAUCGCAGGGAUGUAGUGAGAAGUGCUUGCUCGACAAACCCUUCUACAAUGACUUUGAAAGAGGAGCGAUCGACUCCUAUGAUGUAACUGUAGCUGAAGACAUAGGAGAAGUUCAGCUGGUUAAAGUCGAGAAACGCAAAUACUGGGUCCAGGAUGACUGGUACUGUAAAUUUAUUACUGUGAAGACGCCUUCAGGGGAUUACAUUGAGUUUCCAUGCUACAGAUGGAUAUCUGGUGACAAAGAAAUUGAGAUUCGAGAUGGAAAAGCAAGGUUUGCACGAGAUGAUAAGACCCAAAUCGCAAAACAACACAGAAGAAGAGAACUUGAGGAACGUCAGAAGCAAUACAGAUGGAAAGAGUGGCAUCCAGGAUUUCCUCUAAGCAUCGACGCACACUCUCACAGCGAGCUUCCACGUGACAUCCAGUUUGACAGCGAGAAGGGUGUUGACUUCGUUCUAAAUUACACAAAAGCGAUGGAGAACCUUUAUGUUAAUCGGUUCAUGCACAUGUUUCAGUCUUCCUGGAGUGAUUUUGCAGAUUUUGAAAAGAUCUUUGUGAGGAUUAGUAAUACAAUUUCAGAAUACGUGAUGCAGCACUGGAAGGAGGACUUUAUGUUUGGAUAUCAGUUUCUGAAUGGCUGUAAUCCUGUUAUGAUUGAGAGCUGCACAGAACUGCCUCAAAAUUUUCCUGUUACCACAGAAAUGGUACAAUGCUGUCUUGAGCGUGACUUAACACUGGAACAGGAGAUAGAGGAAGGAAACAUAUUCCUCGUGGAUUACAAACUACUAGAUGGUAUUUCUGCCAACAAAACUGAUCCAUGUACAAUGCAGUACAUUUGUGCUCCUCUCUGUCUUCUGUAUAGUAACUUGGAAAGGAAAAUUGUUCCCAUUGCUAUUCAGCUAAAUCAAGAACCUGGUCCUGAUAAUCCAAUAUUUCUUCCAACUGAUGAAAACUACGACUGGCUUCUAGCAAAAAUAUGGGUGCGUUCUUCAGAUUUCCAUAUACACCAGACUGUCAGCCACUUGCUGAGGACACAUCUUAUAUCCGAAGUUUUUGCCAUUGCCAUGUAUCGUCAACUUCCAGCAGUUCAUCCUAUCUUUAAGCUUUUGGUACCACAUGUGAGGUUCACAAUAGCUAUCAACACUAAGGCCAGAGAAGAGUUGAUCUGUGAAUGUGGCCUGUUUGAUAAGGCAAAUGCCACUGGUGGUGGUGGGCAUGCCCAGCUUGUUCAGAGGGCGACUAAAAAGUUGACAUACCAGUCCCUUUGUUUCCCCGAAGCAAUUAAACUGAAGGGAAUGGACAACAAAAAAACGGUUCCAUACUACUAUUACAGAGAUGAUGGGAUAGCAGUUUGGGAUGUUGUGAAAAGCUUUAUUGCAGAUAUAGUGAACAUCUACUAUGACAGUGAUGAAUCAGUGAAAGGUGACCCAGAACUUCAAGCUUUUGUUAAAGAUGUGUUUGUCUAUGGACUUCGGGCCAAUGAUGGUUCAGGGUUCCCAAAAACUUUGGAAUCCAAGAAUGCAUUAACAGAGUAUUUAACAGUGAUCAUUUUUACUGCAGCAGCGGCACAUGCUGCAAUUAAUUUUGGACAGUAUGACUGGUGUUCCUGGAUUCCAAAUUCUCCACCUACAAUGCGUUGCCCACCUCCUACAGAAAAAGGUGUGACGACUAUUGAAUGCAUAAUUGAAAGUCUGCCAGAUAGAGGACGUUCUUGCUGGCACCUUGGAGCUGUGUGGGCCCUAAGUCAGUUUCAGGACAAUGAGUUGUUUCUAGGAAUGUAUCCCGAUGAGCAUUUCAUUGAAAGACCUGCCAAGGAAGCCAUGGCAAAAUUCCGCAAGAAUCUUGAUGUCAUUUCAAGUGAAAUCAAAGAGCGUAACAAGAACAAAAAACUGCCAUAUUAUUACAUGUCGCCUGACAGAAUUCCAAACAGUGUUGCUGUAUGAUUAAUCCAAAACAGUUUAUUUACAUUAAGUUCAAAUGUUUCCCUGAAUUGUGUGUUUUAUUCCAUGUUGCAGUGCGUGGGCUUUGAGGCUUAUUUUUAAGUACAGUUAUGUUUGUUGCCAUUAGAACCCAGAAUUUAGUCCCCAAACCUGAAAACAACACAUCCACUACAUGCACCAGUCUAAUUGCUAAACAAUAAACAAACAAUUUGAUGCAGACUUUCCUGACACAUACUUUUUUGGCAUUGUUUUGUUCUGGCAUAGAACAUUAUUUCACCUCAUGACUUAUUUGUACAGAUGUUAGCUUAAACUAGAAACAUUAACAUUUCAAGUGGAUUCUGUUAUGAUUAAAGACUACUAAGACUUGUCAUAUUUGUGUAGCCUGUAAUCUGAAUAUUUCAUUUCUUGAAGUAUUGUCUUAAGUUUAAAAAUAUUUUGAAUCCUCAAUUAGAUGCUUUCAUGUGCUUGGUCAGAUUCAGUCAUAUGUAUAACUGUGGGUUACAGCAUCAGUCAUGUAACACCAUAAACAUACCUAUUGUAAAUUAUUAAAUAUUUUACAGACACUGCUAUUUCAGCAAUUAUAUGUAAAUAGCUUUUACAAUCAAAAAGUGAUUUUAUUACUGAAUAAUAAUAAUAAUAAUAAUGAAUUGUGAUAUAAAUCUGCAUUUGCUUUGCAUAUAGAUAUUGCUAUGAUCUGUUUAAUAACUGGUGACAAUGAAUCAUCAUUUCUAUGCUUGUUGAAUACAAGGGCUAAACUGAAUAAGAAACAUCACCCUGGUAUUAGAAGAACAGUUUUUAUUAUUUUCAGAUUUGCAUACAGUGUCAUUUUAUCACAAUAUGCAUACAUGUUUUGUAAUUAGUGCAAGUUGUAAUUAUACCUUAUGCUGCACUUCACAUGCAAAUAUUAAAAAAGAUAUUACUACA